ACAACAUCCAAAUUCCUACGACACUACUACCUUCUUAGUCCGCUUCUUUAUGAUCUUAUCAACAUGGCAGAACAGUACGGAUUUGGAGAGCCUCUUUUCGAUCCUGCGGAGGCGAAAAUAGAUGUCGUCUUCAUCCACGGACUUGGUGGCGAUAGGGCCAGGACCUGGACAUAGGAAGGGGACGGUAGGAAGCAUUUUUGGCCGAAAGAUCUCCUGCCGCAAGCUUGUCCAACGGCUCGAAUUCUUUCUUUUGGCUACAAUGCUGAAUUCGCCCACUUCUUUCCAUUUUUCGGCCCCAAGUUCAUGCCGGAGCAGUUGACCAUCGACGACCAUUCGACUGCGCUAUUCCAAAACCUGAUUGGUCUGCGCGAGAAAACCGAAACCGCAGAUCGCCCGGUGAUUUUCGUCUGUCAUAGCCUAGGAGGCCUUGUUUGCGCCAACGCAUUGUCAAGGCACCACGGGACGGAUCUGGCCGGCGCUGGCCUUGCCGGGAGGGCGCUCAAGGUGCUAGACUGGGCAAGCACGACGCAUAAGGAGGAUGUGAAGGAUCUUGAAGAGCGUUCGGCAAAGCUUAUAAACAUCAACAAUGCUUUCCAGAAGUUUCUUAAAGCACGAGACCGGUCGGAAACCGGACAGUUUAUCGAAGUGGCUUGUUUCUUCGAGCAGUAUGCCAUUUAUAAGGCUGGGAAAAAAAUUGGUAUUAUUGUACCUAAGGAGUCAGCUUGUCUGCCCGGCAUCAAUCCGCAGUCAAUCCAAGCCAACCACGUCAACAUGUGCAAGUUUAAGGAUGAAGACAGGGAGGGAUACAAGAACAUUUCACAACGGUUGAGUCAGUGGAUAGUAGACCUUGAUAGGCGGCUCAAGGGUUCGCAAGCUGAGAGCCAGAAACACUCCGUGUAUAUGGGCGACGUCAACUAUCGAGACAAGAUUGAGAACAACCGAGGGGUGGUAAUAGGCCAUGCCCACAGCACGGCCACAGACGGGGUUAGAAUAACUGGGAGCAGCACCACGCACACAUACAACGGCGUUAACCCAAACACUUCUGGGUAAACUGCUAGAUAGGGAAGAGUACAGAGCGAUAGGAUGGUAGCAGGGAAGAUGUGUGAUAUUUCCGAUCACGUGAUGAACAAUUCGGAGGACAAUAGAUGUCGAUUCUAUAUAGGAAUCUAGCUAGGCUAUAUACACGUAGGUGAGGCCCGUGCGGCCUCCAAUUUAACUAGAUCUAUGGUAGGAAUGCCUCCUACUAUAGAUCUACAUUUCACGUGC